AUGUUGGCUGUCGCAUCAAAUGAGCAAGAAGAUGUUUCACAAGCAAUUCUACCUGUUUCUUAUCCAAGUGUUGUCAAAGAUGAAACUGGAAUUUGGUGAGUAUUGCGAAAUGUCAUAUUUAUUCAAGUGUUUGUCUCUCCAUUUUGGCCAGUUUUUAAUCAAUAAUUAUAUUAUUUACAAUUUAGGCGAGAAUUGUUAGCAUCAAAGAAGAUCGACUCAAAUCAAGGAAGCACAUUAAUUGUUUUGGGAGACAAGAAAAGUGGAAAGUCGUCACUUUUGACAAAAUUAGAUAAAAGUGAAAAGAAGAAUCGACCAAAAACAGUUUUGGAAUAUCGAGUUAUCAAAGUUCAAAAUGAUGCGAGAGAUUCAAGUUAUGCAUAUCAAUUGGGAACCGCUGGAGCAAAUUUGAAUCCAUCCGAAAUGUUACAUAUUCCAGUUUGGAAUUUAGAUGGAAAUGGUUCGACUGAUCUUUUGAAACAUACAAUUCCAAAAUCACCAUUGAAAACAAUUUAUGUUUUGGCGGCCAGUAUCGAUAAUCCAAAUCUAAUUCAUUCUUUGAAACGUUGGGCAAAUGUUGCUAUUGAACAAUCACAGAAAAAAUUUGAUAAACAAGAUUUGAAAGAAGGUAGAGCUCAACGUAAGUUAUUUUUCGAUUUUGAAUUCAUUUAAAUAGACAUCGAUAAAAAUUUUCAGAAGAACGCCUUUGGCAAGAAUAUGUCGAUCCAGCUGAAUCUCAAAUGUCAACUUCUGUUGUCGGAAACUUUGGAGACGAUCACAAUCUUUUGCCGUUAGAUCAAGGAACAUUGACUGAAAAUAUUGGAGUGACAUUCAUCGUAGUUAUUACUAAAGCCGAUUUGGGUAAUUAUUUUGAUUUUUUCGAUUUGAAAAUUGCUUUUUUUUACAGCCAAAGAAAUUCAAGAUCAACAAUUUGCUAAAUCAAUGAUUCAAUUGAGAAAAUUCUGUUUGACUUUGGGAGCUGCUUUGAUUUUCACAAGUUCGAAAGAUAAUAAGAAUGUUCAGGUUUGUCAAUUUCUAUAAAGUGUAUUCUAGAAAAUUCGUAUAAUUUUUCAGAUUCUUCAAAAGUAUGUUCUUCAUAGAUCAUUUGGUACUCCAUUCACAAAUACAGCUCAAGUAAUCGAAAGAGAUGGAAUAUUUGUUCCAGCUGGAUGGGAUAGUGAAAAGAAAAUCGAUAUAAUGCGUGAAACUAUCCCAGAUAUUGAUACAACAUUAGAACCAACUCGUGAAAAAGUUCGAAUUCAACCAAAAGAAGUUCUUAUUGAAGCUGAUGAUGAUCAAGAAUUUCUCAAAAAAUUAUCGGAUGUUUUGAAUAACACAAGUGCUCCAGUUCGAAAAGUUCAAAAUGAAGAACCAGUUGACAAAGAUAGUCCAUUAGCCAAUUUCUUCUCAAAUCUUUUAAAAGAUAAACCAUCUCGAACAUCAGCGACUCCUCCAAUUUCUCAAGAUCAAACAGCUGCACAACUUGAUCGUUUUCUUAAAUCUGCCACGGCUGCAAAAUCAAAUUCCGAUGUGAGUAAUGCUUAA